AUGAGCCUGAAAGGAGCCCUUCUGCUCUUUUUCGUGCUCCAAACUCACGGACAGUCCGUGGAUGUAAGCAAGAGAGUCGACUGUUAUCCGGAGCCCGGAUCCUCUUCCGAAACGUGUCAAUCGAGAGGUUGCAUUUGGGAAGAAGCGCCCGUAAGAUAAUCAUUCCACGGGGAUUCGGGAAAAGGAAACCGUUUCAGAGUGGCUCUCCGACCGGCACUCCGUGGUGUUAUUAUCCGACCGAAUCCGGGUUCACCGUUCAGUCCACCGGAACAAACUCGUUCGUUUUGGCUGCCAAAACCAGUGAGUUCCGAUAAACUUUUUGAUCUUUGCCGAGUAGAGUGUAUCCUCGAGAGUGUGUUUGUGAAUGCACAUUCCGAUCUUUGAUUCUUUCCAUCAGUGACGUCAAAAAUUUCCAGAAAACCCGUACGGAGACAACAUCUCUCCGCUGAACGUCAAGUACUCGUCGAACGGAGCCACCCUCCUGCUAACGAUCGGAAACGACGACCGUUAUGUUCCUCCGGUCGGCUUCCCCCAGAAGGCGUCCACCUCCACGGAAUCGUUGACGUUCUCUUCCGGUACCAUCGGAUCUUCCGACAUUUUCAGCUUCAAAGUGACUAGAACAAGCACUGGGGCCGCCCUUUGGGACACUAGCAUUGGUAGGGGGAUUCAGAUGAGAUUGUUUAAUUUGAAGAUGGGUUCAGGUGGAAUGCAGUUCGCUGACAAGUUCAUUCAGAUUGCCACGUAUCUUCCGACGAAGAACAUCUAUGGAUUCGGGGAUCACAUUCACAAAAAGAUUCGGGUACGCAUAUUAUUAUUAAUGUACGAUUGA